GUCCAGUGCAUCCUUCUCCCGUUUGGUCAUCCCCUCCACUUCACAGCAGCCCCGACUCGCGCUCGCCCUCCCGCGCCUCGCUGCCCCUGUUGUGUUGGACGGGGCGCCGAACGACACCACACUGCCACUGCACCGCAGGGACUCGGACACCUCCCUCCGGCAGGGCGGCCUGGGGCGGAGGGGUGUGGUUGGUCUGGGUGAGGAUGGCCAGGGGGGUUGGCAUGGUGGGUGAGUGCGAUGCCAUCGAGCUGGAGGGGAAUCUUGAGCGGCAGUAGGAUCUGGCUGCACAGGAUGCCUGGCUUGUACGUCAGCCGGCGGACGGUGAUUGACAGGUUCUGCACCGCACGACAGGCACAGGUCACCAUUCGUUCGUGCGGUGUGCAGUGAGCGUCUCUGGCUGCCUGUCUUACCAUAGUCAUGCAGCUCGAUGAGAUCUUGUGCGCCAAUUUGUUGGGGACGGGAGCUGACGUGUGGACACGCGUGGACAUGCGGGGCCUUCAGGGCCUUAGCCACUGGGGGGCUGACUGUCCGUCAGCCCCGCCCACCGAUUUGUGGCUGCCUUU